AUGGCUUCCUCUACUGCGAAACGAGGCAAGGCCAUGGAAACAGAGGGCCCAACGCCAAAGUUUCUCUAUGCUAUCCUCAAACAGUUGGAUUUGAAAUCGGUGGACUGGAACUUGGUCGCCUCUCAACUGGAAAUCUCCAACGGCCACGCCGCUCGCAUGCGCUAUUCCCGCUUCCGACAACAGAUGGAAGGAACAACGGGAGCCAGGGCAGCAAAAGCCAGAAAAGCUGCGAAUAAAGACCCGAAAGGGGAUCUUAAAGCUCAGAUGCUCAGUGAUACGCCGCCGCCGCCAACCCCGACUUUGGGGAUCUUCACGAAACAAGAACCUGUCCAGCCGGCUCCCUUUGUGAAAUGGGAUCCGUUUGCGCCAAAUAUGCCCACUCUGACCGAUAUUCCGCGGGUAUACUCUUCUCCAAGUGAUGACUAUUCCGUGUCGCCGCCGCCUGGAAUGUACUACUUCGCCAAUUCCAUGCCAUACUCCAUGGCCCCAGCUAUGCCUUCCAUGUCAUCCGCAGCUCAUUUUCCAGUGCCCUCAAACAUGACACAGUAUUCAACAAUGCCAAUGAAAUCGAUGGAAACCAGCAUGUAUGAGUAUGGAAUGCCUCCAGCGCCAAAUUUUGGCCCAACCAUCACAUUCGAACCUCGGCCACCUUCCGAUAUGAGCCGGGUCCCAGUGAAAGUAGAAAGGAAGGAUGAGGAUGAUUCAGAUGCUGUGAUUAUCAAGGUUGAGAAGUCAGCAAAGCAGAAUCAGUAG